AUCGAAACGAAGCGAUCCUUUCAAAAAUCAGUCUUUCCCUCGCACUGCUCCCGUCUCUACAGUGCUUCUGCAACAAUGGAGAGUUUCAUUGAUUCAAGCAUCUGAAAUUCGCGCUGAGCUCUGGAUCGGGAUGGCUAGGAGCGAAAAUAUCUGUAAUUAGAACACUUCUUUCAUUGUUCUCCUCUUUUCUGUAGUUACUUCUCUCUUAGAAAUGCCGUUCGGAGCCGACAAUGGACAGGGAGGCUAACCUUCCGGUCCCGUCCGCACUUGCGACGAAAGUGAGUCGUCCGACCAACGCAGAGAGUACAACGUCGUCUUCGUCGUCGUUUUCUUCCUCCUCACCGCCGGACUUCCUCCGACAUGUUCAAGCCGCCUUUAAGCGCCAUCGACCACUCGAAAUUUCAGGUGUGACGCAAUCAAAUAGUAUAAGACCCAGGCGCUUGUUAGUUCCUCAAAGAGAGGUGUCGAGGAAUCCUCGUUCACAGUCCGGGGUUGAAGAAAAUGUUAAGGAGCAUGAAAAUGUAGUGAAGGAUUUGAUUGAACAGACAAAGAGCACAAUGACUAUCAUUGGAGAAACUCAAGAUGAAUCAAUAACACCACCUUCUAUUUCAGGCCUGAUGACCAAAAGCUUUGAUGGAAGUUUCCCACCUGAUGCGCACAGAGAUGAACCUGUACGUGGUGCUGGUUGUCAAUCUAGGAAGGCAUCGUCUACUUUAAAUACAGGAUCUCAGCAUGUUGAUGGCCAGAAAAUGGUUCGGUUUUCCAUUACAAGUAACAAGAUAUCUCAGGGGGCCCAUGAUCUAAUGGCCAGUGGAUUGGAGAACUUAUCAUCUCAUAUGGGUUCACUUGCGUUGACAGAGAUGGAUUGGAUAACCAGCAAUCAAGGAGAUGCUUCUAGUGUCAUCAAUCAUGACGAAUCUAAGCACCAAAGUUUUCCAAUUACAGAGUCUGAUGUGAACAUGAAGAAUAAUGGCGGGAUUUCAAUGUUGGCACAGAGAACCCCAGCCAUGGAAGAUCAACUCAAGCGAUUUGGAGACUUUUUGGCUCAACCUGUUAGUCAGCCUUCAUUUGGACCAUCUUGUGCAACCACCACGUCCGUUCAUUCAAGUUCAGUACCUAUGCUUAAUUCAACAACCUAUUGCUCUCAUUUGCUUCAGGAAAGUGGUGGUAAUGUUGCAACAGAACCUUUGAGUGACUUUAAUGCAAAUAUUCAACAUGAAGCUAAAAGAAGUAUGAUGCUGACAUCAGGGUCUUCUCUAAAGGACAUUAGUGGUGAGGUAAAAAAUGUGAAAUGGGAUCCCAUAUGUGCUCCUAGCCUUACUGCUGACACUGAAAAAGUUAUAAGGCAAUAUGACAUCUCUAAGGAGCAACGAGGAAAGUUAGCACGAGAAAGUGAUUUUCCAAAGCAUGCUUUGCAACAUAAUGGUAAAUCAAAUGAAGGCAAAGGUUUAAUGGGGGAUGCCACUGACAAAAAACUGGAGGCUCAAGUACCCAAAAAACCGGUUUCUGAUGUGAAUUUGGACCCUUCUGGAUCAGAAAAACCAGAAAAAGUUGCAAGUGGUAAGAGUGCUUCAUCAAUUCGUAAAAGGAAUUAUGAUCCAGACUUGUUUUUUAAGGUUAAUGGAAAGCUUUAUCAAAGACUUGGAAAAAUAGGCAGUGGGGGAAGCAGUGAGGUUCACAAAGUCAUCUCAUCAGAUUGCACGAUAUAUGCACUUAAAAAAAUUAAACUUAAAGGUCGUGAUUAUGCCACUGCUUACGGGUUCUGUCAGGAGAUUGUGUAUUUAAAUAAGUUGAAAGGGAAGAACAACAUUAUACAACUUGUAGAUUAUGAGGUAACAGAUAGGACUUUACUUCAGGAAGUGUUGAAUGGCUCCAUGAAUAAUAAAGAUGUCAGGGUUAAGGAUGACGGAUAUAUAUACAUGGUGCUAGAGUAUGGUGAAAUUGAUUUGGCUCACAUGCUCUCACAGAAAUGGAAGGAAAUUGAUGGCUCUGAUCAGACAAUAGAUGAAAAUUGGCUUCGAUUCUAUUGGCAGCAAAUUCUUCAAGCUGUAAACACCAUACACGAGGAACGCAUUGUUCACUCUGAUUUGAAGCCAGCUAAUUUUCUUCUUGUCAAAGGCUCCUUAAAGCUAAUUGACUUCGGUAUUGCAAAAGCCAUUAUGAGUGAUACAACCAACAUCCAAAGGGAUUCACAGGUGGGUACACUUAGUUACAUGUCCCCUGAGGCAUUUAUGUGCAAUGAGAAAGAUGCCAAUGGAAACACCAUCAAGUGUGGUCGACCAUCUGAUAUUUGGUCCCUUGGCUGCAUUCUUUAUCAGAUGGUAUAUGGGAGGACCCCCUUCUCUGAGUAUAAGACAUUCUGGGCCAAGUUCAAAGUUAUUACAGACCCAAAUCAUGAGAUUAAAUACGAACCUGUGGGCAACCAUUGGCUUCUUGAUCUUAUGAAGAAAUGCCUUGCAUGGGAGCGUAAUGAGAGGUGGAGAAUUCCUCAGUUGCUUCAACACCCUUUUCUCGUACCCCCGGUGUCCCCACACCUAUCUUUAUCUCAAGACCAGAGUUCCAAGCUUCUGCAACUUAUUGCUGAAACUUGUGAAAAUGACCAGGAAGCUUCAUACCUAUGUUCUCAGCUUCAACAACUGCUCAUAAACUCUGAGCAGCCAAUGACAUCUCUGUUAAUAACUUCAAAAGACAAUCAAAGUGAGCUGUUUUCCCAAACGUCAAAGAAUUAUUUUCUGCUCCACAAAAAUCUAGCAACUCACAAAGACGAAAGGUCGAAAUCCUAAUUUUGUUUCUUGUUCGAGGACUGGUUUCGAGUUCUCUUCGGCCUGAAAAGAUUGGAUUUGAAUAGCUGAUGAUUGAUAGAAUAUGAGGCUGCUUCUUGGGAGAUGCUGCUUUUGCUCCUCCAGGUUCGGCGCAUUAGAGUAUCUAAUUUUUCCUGUCAGAAGCUGGCUUAAUCAAUUCAAUACUUCUGUAUGGUUUGCCAAUAGUGUACAAUAUAUAUCGUUAUAACUGUGUUCUUCGCUGAGGAUGUAAAUUUGUUUGUAGUUUUGUUCGAGAGCUUACCAUUUAUGUUUCUUCCGGGACGAAACACAGAAACUGUGCAUGUUGAACAUCUAGCAAUUUGUAUUCAAGUGUCCAACAGUUAUUCCAACGGAAUUUGACAUAUUUGUAUAUUGUUUACACAGGAUCAUCUGUGUUCUGAAAUUGAGAAGCUCCAACUUUUGUGCUGUAA